UCAUCCAGUGCCCUGCGCAGCUGCGGGUUUUGCGGCUGCCUCUGAGAGGCUGGUUGGGUGCCGUCGUUUCGGAGGAGAUGGGCAUCUUCUCCCUGCUUCUUCUGCUCCCUUUGGCAUCCGGCUUGGAUUUCCGCUACCAUCGCACCAAGGAAUUGGAAGCUUUUCUGAAGGAGGUGCAGAAGAAUUACCCGGCCAUCACUCACUUGUACAGCAUUGGCAAGUCAGUGCAAGGUAGAGACCUCUGGGUUCUUGCUCUGGGAAGGUCUCCAACUCAGCAUAAGAUUGGCAUACCAGAGUUCAAGUAUGUUGGUAAUAUGCAUGGGAAUGAGGCUCUUGGGCGGGAACUCCUCCUCCAUUUGAUUAAAUAUUUGGUGGACAAUGAUCAACAUGAUCCAGUCAUCACAAAACUCAUUAACCACACUCGGAUACACAUCAUGCCUUCAAUGAACCCUGAUGGUUUUGAAGCAUCAACAAUGCUUCAGUGUGCAGCCACAAUUGGCAGGUACAAUGCUAAUAAAAAAGAUCUGAACAGGAAUUUUCCUGAUCAUUUUACCACCAAUAAUCAAAUUAUCCAGCCAGAGACUAAAGCAGUUAUGAACUGGAUAAAUUCUGGAAUGUUUGUUCUUUCUGCUAAUCUGCAUGGUGGAGCACUGGUUGCAAGUUACCCCUUUGAUAAUGGCAAUCACGUUACAAUUGAUGCAAAUGGUGUUAGCAAAACAGUGGAUGAUGAUGUUUUUGUUCAUCUUGCAAGCACAUAUUCUAACAACCAUCGCAUGAUGCAUAAAGACAUUGUGUGUGAUGAUACGAAUUACUUUAAAGAUGGCAUUACGAAUGGAUAUCACUGGUAUAUAGUGAAAGGUAGUAUGCAGGAUUAUAAUUAUGUUUGGGGACAAUGCUUUGAAAUUACAUUGGAGUUAUCAUGUUGUCACUAUCCCUCAGAAGAUAAGAUUCAAGAUUUCUGGGAUGACAAUAAAAUUGCUCUGAUUGAAUAUAUUAAACAAAUUCAUCUAGGUGUAAAAGGUCGUGUUCUGAAUCAAAAGAACAAACCCAUUGCAAAUGUGAUCGUGGAAGUUCAGGGAAGGAGGCAUAUAUGUCCUUACGUAACCAAUAAAAAUGGUGAAUAUUACCUUCUCCUCCUGCCUGGAGUCUACACGCUCAAUGCAACCCUCCCUGGAUUUAUGUCAUUACAACAGGAAGUAGUUUUACCAAAUGGUGCAGAAAAAUUCAGUGCCUAUGAAUAUGACUUUAUUUUCUCCCAGGGAUCUACCUCAAAAAAGCCUGUUCCAUGUCCAUUGAAACCACUUUAUUCAAACAGUGUUAGUACGGUUACUGUUACAGUGUUUAACUUUCUAAUUUUUGUAUAUAUAGGCAUAUAACAUUUGUAUUUUUAGAUUUGCUUUUUAACAUUUCUUGACUAUAGAAGAUUUUAAUUUUUAUUGAGUUAUUCUGGAUAAUAAAGUCUUUGAAUUAA